CCAAAUCUGAAGUUUAUAAGGAAAUGUAGUGGAGUUAAACAUUUGAAAGUAAUCAAUGUUCUCGGUUGGCCUUAAUCCUGCUCUUAUCUAUAAUUUCAAGUGGUUGCACGAUAAAAUUUCACAACUAAUAAAGGAGAAUCAAACAGGCAUGGACGGUCUAUGGUGGAAUCUGGGGCUCGUCUGUAGUUUUUUCUGUGCAGUUAUCGGAACUCUUGGAAAUUGCUUGACCUUCAGCAUAUUCAUUUUCUUCAAAGAAUUUCGCGAUUCGAUCGGUUUGCUUAUCAUGGGGCUUACGAUUUCCGACCUUUUGACAAGUCUAGUCGUCGUUCCGCUCAAUGCCACGUUUUUCAUUGCCAAAGGAAAAUGGUGGCUGGGCAAAGUCGCCUGCUACAUUGACAAAUUUUUGUCUUACGGUUCACCAUCCUUGGCAAUCAUUUUAAUGUCUUUCAUUGCAAUUAAUAGGUGGGUAAAAAUGACAAAGCCAAAAGAAACCUACAAAAAACUAUUUUCCAAACGAAGCGCCAAAAUUCUUCUAGCGAUUUCACCUUUCAUCGCAUUUUUUCCAAUUACUUUGGCCUUUUUCGAUGUCACCGCCUCGUUGAAGUACAACGAUGGUGGUGUUUGCUCAGUCGUCACACUCACGCACUCUUCGAUUUUGACAUUUUGCAUUUUCGGCACCAAUGCGGUGGUAAUAAUUUUCUGCUACGUUAGCAUUUACUUCAAGGUUAGAAGACAUGAUUCGACUAUGGCACCCUCUUUUCACACAAGCAUGCGAUUUUUAAAAAUGGUGAUGGCCACAGCAAUGUCAUUUUUUAUAUGCUUUACACCUGUCACCAUUUUUGUGAUCAUAUCCGGUGGAUACAAAGACAACGUUCAAUUUCCCGCAGUGAAACACUUCUUGCAUCAGUAUCCAUACUAUUUUUCGGUUAUUCUUAACCCUGUCAUUUAUGGAGUCAUGAAUAGGAGAUACAGAGAAGCCUACUUGGCUGUUUUGAGAAAAACAUUUCCUUGCUUCUCAUCAAACUAAAUAGAUUGUCAUAAACUAUCACAAACAAAACAGAAACAAAAUAUAUUAAUUUUAGAAUUGAAAUAAAAUUCAAUUAUAUUUCUUUUGCAAUUUUUUAUUGGUGAUUUUAAUAAUUUAGCAUUUUAUUUUUAUUUAAACUAUGUAAAAAACAUUUUAAAAACGAUUUUGCCAACAGCGGCGGAUGGGGUCUUUUUGAUCUCAAAAAUUUCAGCAAAAUUUUUGCUAGC